GAAUCUGUGCCACUGCUGAGUGCUGACUGCCAAGCCAUAGUUAAUACUCCUAGAAUUUGUGGCUUGCUCUGCGAUCAGCAUACUUGCCAUUAAGCAGCAACAAACAUUUUCUGCAAUGGUUGAUCCAAAUCGUAAAAUCAACAGACUUUCAGACAAAGAUAUUAGGUUUUUAGAAGAAUGCGAGGAGGAGUUCGGUGCACGCUACACAGAAGAUGAUGACGAAUUUAUGGCGCAUUGCGCUAAGCCGUUGCCGGAUCCGCCUCUGAUAGAGAAUUGGUUAAGUGGCAGCGGUGCACCUGGUGGAGGUGGAGGUGGCGGCUUUUCCAACAAUCGUUAUAAUGGCGGUCACCGUCGAGGAGGCGGCGAUCGUGGAUGGCAGAGACGUGGUUACAAUUACAACAAUCACAACAACAACAACGAUCGCAGAGAUCACCGACGCAACAAUUAUGAAGCGUAUCCACGCAGAGACCGAGGUGGCGGUAACAAAGGAGACAGAUCCUCGGAGCGCCACUAUCAGCAUAGAAGCCGCAAUGAGUCGCAGCAGGGCGGUGCGCCCAUGCAGGUCAGGCGGGACUAUGGGAACUUUGUGCCUGCCUCCAAAGACUAGCGUUAAACCUACGUGUUUCCUUGUUCAUCAUUAUGAAAAGAAUCGUACUCACACACAGA